AUGCUCCAAUUGCACAACCAUUCAAAGUCGGCCCCUCAGGCUCCAUCACAAGAUAGCCCUCCAUCAGGACCAGACACAGAUGGUGCUCGCACGGCAUCGACCCCUACAACAUCCAAGGAUGCUAACGACAUGAAUGACCGUUCGGUUGCACUGGUUGAGAAGCCCCCGGGGAUACCACCACCGCCGCCCCCACCACCACCAGCCCUAGCUCCUCCUCCCGUUGCCCCUCCCCCUCCUCCUCCUCCUCCCCCCCACACCCUCAAGCUCACCCCAAACCACCAGCGCCUCAUCCUAAUACCCCUGCUGGCAGACCGUUCCUGCAAGAACCAGGAAGAAGUAAACCAUGAUCUAGACAGACUCUCUCAAUACUCCUUCAUUCGCAUCUACGGUACAGACUGUGACCAGACCAAGACAGUAGCCAACGCUGCACGACGACACAAUAUGCGCGUUUUCGCGGGAGUAUACGACCUCCAAGGAUUCCCAGGAAGCCUGAGUGCCAUCAGUGAUGUCGCAAAGGGUCCUGAUGGCAAACCAGACUGGUCCAUCUUCCACACCAUAACAAUCGGAAACGAGCUCGUAAAUGGCGGCACCAGCGAUCCCGCCGAAGUCGUCAGCGCUGUGAACAAAGCCCGCUCUAUCCUACGCGGACAGGGAUACAAAGGCCCUGUCGUCACAGUUGAUACCUUCUCGGUUCUCUUGGACCACCCGGAACUAUGCGUUGCGUCUGACUACUGCGCUGCAAACUGCCAUGCUUUCUUCGAUGCCAACCAACACCCUGGCGGUGCGGGUGCAUACGCUCUUGAGCAAGCGCGUAGUAUCUCGGCCGCCGCCAAUGGCAAACACACUAUGAUUACGGAAUCUGGGUGGCCGCAUGCUGGAGAUACAAACGGGGCUGCGAUACCCUCCCCCGAGAACCAGCAGACUGCACUUGCAAGUCUGAGGAAAAGCUUCGACCAUCGUCGUUCAGACUUGGUGCUUUUCACUGCUUUCGAUGACCUAUGGAAGGAUGACAAUAGCUUCACUUUUGGUGCGGAAAAGUUUUGGGGUAUCCAUGGAGGUCUUUAG